AUGUGUACCAGUCAGUCGGCAGCCUUUGAGAUGCCUGUGCAACCAGGUACAAGUGAAGACGAAACUCGUGGUUGGAAGCAGGUAGACGAAACUCCACCUAAGCAUGUUAAAUUUCGUGAGCCUCUCAGCAAGACAGUGAUAGACGAUGCAGAAGAACAGUCAGAUACCAAAAAUCCACCAUAUGUGCCUGCGUUUGAUGACCCUAGCUCCUCAAAUUCUCCUCUUUUGUCCCCUGUUCGUGAAGAACCUUCUUCCUCCUUUUCUGAGGCUGGGGAUGAGGACCCGUUACCAGCUAUAGAGGACCUCCAGAUUUCAGGAGAAGCGUAUCCUGGACAUGAGCUUCAGGCUUGUGGUUACUCCAUAAAUGGAACAACAAGCUGUAAUUUUGAGUGGGUAUUUCAUCUAGAAGAUGGAUCUGUGAAUUAUAUUGACGGAGCAAAGCAGCCAAAUUAUCUUGUCACUGCUGAUGAUGUUGAUUUAUAUCUUGCUAUUGAAGUUCAGCCUUUGGAUGACAGGAACCGCAAGACUUUAGGGAAAGGAUUAGCCGUUUCCUUGAAUACAAUUAACAGUGGGGACCUUGUGAAGGUCUUUGCCAAUGAGAAUCGGAAGAUUGCUUGCCAUCCAGAGAUGCAGAGCCAUAUAGAGAAGACUCUUCAUAGUGGUCAUGCUUCAUAUAAAGUUUCCGUUGGGACUGGUUUCCUGGAUAUAUGGGAAGAAGCUACAUUGUCUAUAAAGAGAGAAGGUUACAGCAUCAAGUGUAAUAACGAAGUCAUGGUUGCAGAAAAGUUCUCAGCUUCCACUGCUGUGACAAUUCCGUUUGGGCAACCUGCAGACUUUAUUAUAUCCGGUUCUGAUGGUAGUGAGUAUUCCUUACGAGCAGAUAACGGAUCAGCAGACUAUAGCUGCUCAAGAGAUGCAAUAGUACUCACCCUGAGAUUAUUUGCCAUGAGGGUAAUGUUCUUCAAAGCA